UGCGUAUUUGUCAGCCGCUAUCCCCACCCUUUUCUCCCAUACAGGAAGCUGGAUUCCUCCCUACCUAGCUGUCAACAAAGGACACAACUGUCAGAAUCACACAAUUCCUGGGAAAAAGUCGGCGCUGUGGCCGGCUGUGGGUCAUCGGUCUAACUCGUAUUUGUCCGCACCGCUCGGCCAAGUGCGAUCAUGGCGACGACCGCUCAGCUGUUCGAGGAGCCCUUUGAUGCUGACGAAUACAUAGAGAGGCUGGCCUGGAGAACGCCUGGCGGAGGCUCAAAGGGCGGGGCGGAGGCGUUUGACCCCAAAAGGCUGCUGGAGGAGUUUGAGAACCACAUUGAGGAGCUGAAGCAGCUGGACGAGAAGCUCCAGCGGCGCGUGGAGAAGCUGGAGCACCAGUGCCACCGCGAGGCCAAAGAGUUUGCACACAAAGUCCAGGACCUGCAGCGGAGUAACCAGGUGGCCUUCCAGCACUUCCAGGAGCUGGACGAGCACAUCAGCUACGUGGCCACCAAGGUGUGUCACCUUGGUGACCAGCUGGAGGGGGUGAACACCCCCCGCCAGCGGGCGGUGGAGGCACAGCGCCUCAUGACCUACUUCAACGAGUUUCUGGACGGAGAGCUGCGCAGUGACGUCUUCCACAACCCGGAGAAGAUUAAGGAGGCGGCUGAUAUCAUUCAGAAGCUGCACCUCAUUGCCCAGGAGCUGCCGUUUGACAGAUUUGCAGAUGUCAAGGCAAAGAUCGCCAGUAAGUACCAUGACCUGGAGCGCCAGUUGAUCCAGGAGUUCACUGCGGCUCAGAGGAGGGGGGAAAUCGGACGCAUGCGUGAGGUAGCAGCGGUCCUGCUACAUUUCAAGGGAUAUGCACACUGCGUGGACGUGUACAUCAAGCAAUGCCAGGAGGGAGCCUACCUGAGGAACGAUGUGUUUGAGGACACUGGGACCCUCUGCCAGAGAGUCAACAAGCAGGUCGGGGAGGUGUUCAGCAGCCCGGAGGCCGUCAUGGCCAAACUCAUCCAGAACAUCUUUGAGAACAAAUUACAGGCCCACGUGAAGGAGAAGCUGGACGGGACCAGAAACUCGGACGCGGAGCAGUACCUUAAGAACCUCUAUGACCUUUACAGCAGGACGACUGCAUUGGCAGCUAAGCUGACUGAGUUCAACCUGGGCUCAGACAAGCACACGUUCCUGUCCAAGCUUAUCAAAAACAUCUUCUCCUGCUACCUGGAAAGCUACAUCGACAUGGAAAAAGACUACCUUCGCAACCGCAGCGCCAUGAUCCUCCAGCGCUACUACGACUCCAAGAACCACCAGAAACGACCCAUCGGCGGCGGCAGCAUCCAGGAGCUGAAGGAGAGGAUCCGGCAGCGCACCAACCUGCCCCUGGGCCCCAGCAUCGACACCCACGGGGAGACCUUCCUCUCCCAGGAGGUGGUGGUCAACCUGCUGCAGGAGACGCGGCACGCCUUCGAGAGGUGCAACCGGCUGUCAGAUCCCUCUGACCUGCCCAAGAACGCCUUCUCCAUCUUCCUGCUGCUGGUGGAGCACCUGUGUGUCGAUCACAUCGACUACGCUCUGGAGAUCGGCCUGUCGGCGAUCCCCUCAGCGGAUGCAAAGAAUGCCAACCUGUACUUCCUGGACGUGGUGCAGCAAGCCAACACCAUCUUCCACCUGUUUGACAAGCAGUUCAACGACCACCUCAUGCCUCUCAUAAGCUCUUCUCCUAAGCUGACAGAAUGUCUGCAUAAGAAGAAAGAGACGAUCGAACAAAUGGAAGUCAAACUGGACACGGGCAUAGACAGGACGCUGAACUGCAUGGUGGGCCAGAUGAAGCACAUCCUGGCCACGGAGCAGAAGAAGACCGACUUCAGGCCGGAGGACGAGAACAACGUCAUGAUCCAGUACACCACUGCGUGCUCCAAGGUGUGUGCGUACGUGAGCCGGCAGGUGGACCGCGUGCGCAAGUCGAUGGACGGCAAGAACGUGGACACGGUGCUGAUGGAGCUGGGCGUGCGCUUCCACCGCCUCAUCCACGAGCACCUGCAGCAGUACGGCUACAGCUCCAUGGGAGGCAUGCUGGCCAUCUGCGACGUGGCCGAGUACCGGCGCUGCGCCAAGGACUUCAGGGUGCCCCUAGUACUGCAGCUCUUUGACACGCUCCACGCCCUGUGCAACCUGCUGGUGGUCGCCCCCGACAACCUGAAGCAGGUGUGCUCCGGCGAGCAGCUGACGAACCUGGACCGGAACCUGCUGCACGCCUUCGUUCAGCUGCGGGUGGACUACCGGCCCUCGCGCCUGGGCCGCCACUUCAGCUAGUGGCCGAGUUCCACCGCGUCGCCAUCGAGACUUCCGUCCAAUCGCAUUAAGCCCAACCCCCUUCCUGGCUCCAUUCUCCCACACACAACCCCCCACCC